AAUCUGCAUUGGCAUGUGGCUUGCUCCAAAAAAAAACAAAAAAAAACGAGACGUCACAAAUUGAAUGCGUCGGCAUGCUCAAAAAUGGAUGACGGGCAAACUUGUAAACGUGCGCAGGUGACGUGAAGGCAACACGACAACUGCCUCAGCGAAGACACGCCGAAUGCUCCUCGUGCUGCUGUGAUGGGAACAAACUGAGAAGGUAGACGCUUCCAUCUUUAGAGAGACAGAAACCCGACGGAGGCAAGAGAGCCGCCCGCCAUGGGGAGCGCGUUGUCUCGCCGCUGCGGCAGCAGACUGUCGUCGAUCCUGCCGCGGAGGCCGAGCUCCGGGCGGCGAGGUGAAGAAGAGUCGCGGGCAGAGAGAGACGACGACGACGACGACGACGACGACACCUUGGACGGGCUUGUCAGGAGCGAAGACAUGGCCAAGUUUCCUUACGUGGAGUUCACCGGCAGAGACAGCAUCACGUGCCCGGCGUGCCAAGGAAGUGGACGCAUUCCCUCAGGGCAAGUCAAUGAACUGGUUGCAUUGAUCCCGUAUACCGACCAAAGGCUGCAGCCUCAAAGAACCAAACUCUAUGUGGUUCUGUCCGCCGUGUUGUGUUUCCUUGCCUCUGUGCUGGUGGCCUUCUUCCUCUUCCCGCGAUCGGUGAUCGUGGUGGAUGAUGGGAUAAGUGUGGUGACGGUGCACUUCGACCCUCCCAGCUACAAGGUCCAGAUGAACUUGACGAGCACACUUAACUUCAGCAACCCCAACUUCUUCUCGGUGCUGGUGCAGAGUGUCAGCUGUCAAGUGCUCUACAUGAAGAAGGUCAUCGGUACGCAUCAUCUGAACAACGUCACCACCGUUUUACCACUUAGCGAGCGUCAGGUGAACUACACAGUCAGCGUGGAGAUUGGCAGUAGUGCGGCGUACGUCUUUGCCUUCUGCACCAUGCGCAGCAUCAAGGUCCACAACAUCGUUGUUUUUAUGCAAACCUCCGUGAAAACCUCACACAUGGUGCGAACGUCGCAGAACAGCCUGGAAGCGUAUCACUACGUCAACUGUGGCUCCAACACCACAUACCAACACUGGCACCACUUCUCGGCCCACAGCCACCUCUCGUAACGACAGCAAUGAGGAAGGA